GGCGAAGGGAAAACACACUAACAUGGCGUCGGGUUAUCUAGCGCUGUAUUUCCGGGUGAUACUUCUCUUAUUUCUCGUCUCUUUGGUAUCAGGUAGGCCAGUUUUAUCUGUUACUAUCCACAUGCCAUUUAGGGUCAUUUUGGCUUGACUACAUGCAAACAUUCCUUUAGAAUAGUGGCCCAUCGAGAUAUUAGCUAGAUAUUGCUUCCUGCUGUACUGAAAAAUAACAUAGUCCCGCUUCUUAAAGUAACAUGUCAGAUUUGUACUGUAUCAGUGAACAAAGCCUUUAAUUCAUUGUUUGCUGUCAGAAGGUCCAGAAAUUGGCGAAAUAUAAUGUUGCUUUUCUUCAAUUUCAGCUUCUAUAUUAAAGAAUCUACGUAGUUACUUCCUGUUGUAUCGUGAUUAAGCAGUUUUGUUUUGUUCGUUACUUCGGAGUAGCUCAUUGAAUAGAAAUCUUCUCGAACUGACAGACUGACGUGCCAUGCGUAGCAUUUUAACACUGACAGCUGAUUUGAAAAUGUUAUGAUCCAUCACAAGCGCAGUGCAUCACUUGUAUCGAAAUGCCAUCAACUGCCGACUCUAAAUUCCAUGAAAAUUUUUUGAUUUCGUAUUAGCACUUCAGUCUAAGAAUACUUUCACAUAAAUGAGCAUCCCUUCUUAGUUCAUUUGUAAAUUCCUGAGAUAAUUAAAAAAUUCAAUGGCAAUACACAAUGUAGUUCUAAAUUUAUUGUGCACAAACAUUCUCAGCUAACUUUGUUUGUUUCCGUAACGAUAAUUUAGUACCAUAAAUUUCCCUAUCCGAACCAAAAUAGGUAUGCAAAUAUUAAGGACGUCGCUAUUGAGUAACACUUCACUGAUUUUUUGUUUUAUGAAUAAAUAAGGAGACCAUAGAAUUUUUAAACAAAUACCAGUAGGUUUAAUUUUAAAUAAUUUCCUUUGAAGCAUUGCUUAUAAGGCCUUUAAUGUUUUUGUAACAGCGCAGAUUAAGUAAAUUGUCCCCAAUGUAACGAUAUUAAAAAUAUCAUUAUUAAUUAAGGUACUAUUUAUCAAGUAGGUUAAUAAAACAUUUUCAACUUUGGAAUUUACGUGCGGGAUCAUAUUGAGAACAUAAAUUUGUUGUACUUGAAUGAAUCAUGACGAAAUUUACCGCCUUUAAAGGGUCUAUGUCUCGCUGGUUUCUUUUCAAGAAAGCUAAAACUUUUUUCGCAUCAUGCAAUUGAAUUCCAACUCAACAAUGACCAAGUUUUGUUAUUUAAUUUAAGACUAUAUUUAGGCGUUGCAUGUUUUUUCCUUCCGUUGAUGCAAGGGCCGUUGACACAAAGAUGGACAUGGAUUGAGUUGUACGAACAUUUUCAAGUUUUAGCCGGGGUUUUAGCUCUGUUGAGACACGGCUUGGGGACUUUUGAGCCCUACCUCCUCUAACCAAAAAAAUUGAAUAACUUCAUACACGUUUUAGCUAUGACCGCCAAACUUAGCGACUUUUCCUACAAUUAAUUGUCUGAGAGUUUAAAUUCUUCUUUACGUGUACGUAACCAGUGACGUUGCCACAGCAUUCGAGAUUAGCAUUUUUUGUAUGAUAAAAAGUUUUAUUCCCGUUUUACUGAUUAAAUUUUUUUGUUAAUCUUAAUUUAGCACUAUUUUAUCACAUUUAGAAUAACUAUUAAUGUAACUCAGGCUUUUUACUAACUAAAUUGAAGAAGAAAAAAAAAACAUGGACUUAAAAUGACCAGGUGACAUAAGUUGAUUCAAUUUUCAACAGUGUUUAUUUCUCUGGGAAUUCCAUAACUUGUAGAUUUCUUUGCUUCCUAAGCAUCUUAAUUUAUACCCAGAUCAAAUCUUUAUCACUAAAACUUUGAUUCUAGUUUUAAGUAAAACGGAAUAUAUUUGAAAAAAAAUUCCUAUGGCGGAUCAAGAUGGUGGAUAAGUCCAGUUUCCUCUUUAACCCUUUAAGCCCCAAUAUCCACAUACAAAUUCUCCAAACUGAUCUCCAUACAUCUCCUUUAACAAUUAGUUGAGAGAAUUUGAUAAAAGAUCAAAGCAUGUUCUCUAUGUUGAUCAUAUUAUUCAUUCUUAUAGCUUUAUCUCCUUACAGUGUAUGGAUAUUGUUAGGAGAAAAUUGUUGUUGGUCACUAUUGACACUUUAAGGGUUAAUAAGAAAAAGACGAUACCAUCACAUCCCUGUUACUUUAAAGAUUUUUAUGUGUUAGAACGUUUUGAUUUCAUCAGCACCUUACUAUGUAGGUAUAUUUUGGCUUUAUGGUCAUUUUGAGAGACUGUGGAUUCUGCCAUAAAUUCAACAAUGUGACGACGUAAUGACGUUAAUUACGUCAUUGUGUAAACAAGUUAUGCUUAGAUUUUAGUUUUGAUGAGUACAUUAUUAUUGUAUGUGUAAUUUUGGUGGCCGUAUCGUGAGCGGUGUGAAAGUUAUAGAGCGGGGCCUCGGAGUUCCCUCCCGGUCACAGGAAGGAAGAAAAAGCACUGUCUGAAUAGAGUUUAUGCUAUGCAUGAAAAAAAUUCCAAAAGUUAUUUUCUAGUACUACCUGAUUAAUUUUGUUUGAUAUCUUGCACAAACCCCUUGUUUGCCGCCCAAAACUUUAAAUAACCUUUGCUUUGAAUUUGCCUGGGUUUUUAAAGCUGUAUUAUAGGAGAUUUGUAAAUGGCAGCAGAUCUAAAAGAGGAUAUUGUAUCAUUACAACUGGACUAGGAACAGGGCUUCGAAACAAUCUAUUCUACAUAUUUUGCAAGUACUGUUUUUUUACUAGGCCUCACAAUGUCACAUAAAAAUCAUGAAAUCCAUUUUAAAACAGGUAGAUGGGGGUGCUUAUAUGCAGGUGGAGGCUUAUAAUCGGAAUUUCGUUUUUGGUUUACAGGUAAAAAGGCCGGCACUAUAAAAGGGUGGGCAUGCAGGAGACUUAGAAGUGGGGGUGGGGGAUGAGGGGUGGGGGCUUAGAAUAGGGAUAGAUACAUAAAUUAUGCUGGAAAAUAGGCAUCCUGCUCUUGAGCGUCACCCUCAAAACAACAGCAUUAUGCCUGAAAUUAUGCUCGACAAGUAGCAUUAUGCUCGACUGAAGCUCCGGCUGUAUUUGAUGCCCUUUUCCAUCCCUGCAGACCUGAAUACAAAAUUUUAUUGCAUCAUUUACAAAUUUCGAACUGGCAGCCAUGAUGGAUAGACAAUUAGCCAGUCUUAGCAGCCUAAAAAAAUGAUGCAACGGUGGAAAAAGACAUUAUGAAGUAGCAAUCAAGCCUUUCAACAUGCUAAUUCUCACUUAAAGCACUUGGAAGCAAAAAUUUCUCAGUACAGUUAUCAUACUUAUGUAAUUAUUAUUAUUAUUUUUUUUUUUCAUUAUCAUUCUCUUUAUGCUGAAAAAAAAAAAAAAAUGGCGAUUAUGCAGGCAUUAUGCUCGAUGGUCCGACCAUAGCAUUAUGCCCAAAAUUAUGCCGGCAUAAUGCAUCUAACCCUAGUUUAGAAGAGGCAGUUUACGGUUACCCCUUUAAUUUUUAUGCAACUGGCUCCUGAUAUUUAGGUGAUUGAGCGUGAAAAAGGUAUUGAUUUAUUUACUUUUUCUUUGGGUUUAAGGAGACUGUAUUGAUUUGGAUCUUGGAAUUGGAAGUGGAAAAAUCCCAGAUAACAAUAUAACCGCCUCCUCUGAGAUAUCAGAAGCCAAGAAUGGACGUUUGAACGAAAUAAAGGCAUGGUGUGCCUCUACAGAAGAUGCUCAACCUUAUUUACAAAUAGAUCUGGAAACCAUCCAUAUUGUCUGUGCUGUGUCAACACAAGGAAAUCCAAAUGCAGAUCAGUGGGUAGAGACCUACACAAUCCAGGUAUCAACGGAUGGAACAACCUGGAAAGAUUAUAAGGAACAUCUUCAAAACAAGGUACGUUUCUGCAUUCCUUCCACUUUAUCUAUUCCAACUCUUGCAUAAAAAAACAAAAACAACAACAAAACCGAUAACAACCACAAACAAAAUAGAGUGAUUUUCGUAUGACCUUCAAAUGAAAACACGCGAAUAAAACAGAAACAACAAACGAACGGAAAUAGAGCCAUUUCAUUGGUUUAUCGAACGGAUAUAUACAAACGCGCGUGGCUUUUGGUUGGUUAAGCGAACACUCUGGUGAGAUAACGUCCGUGCACGAGAACUUUCUAGAAAUUAGUCGAUACUUCGUUUUGACGUCAUAUUGCAACUUAGAUUUUGGGAGAUUAUUGACCUGUACAAUUCGGUUACAUAUUUUACACAUAUUGCAGAACUUAAGGAACCAAAAGAAAAUAUGAGUCAUAUAAACACUUAAACUGAAAACCUUUGACUUUUACUAAACGAGGAACUCUUUCGAAAUGUAAAUGAAAAGAGUUUAUCUCUUACGUUCUCAUUACCUUAGUCAUGAAAGUAAAAACUCGAUUAGAAGAACUGGUUGAUUCUUUAGCCUAAUAACAAUUAUAAUGAUGUUGAUUGCAGCACUAAUCAAGGGCACCCAACGACGGUUUCCUCCUAAAUGCAUUGAAAAGUCUUUUUAGGCUAUCCAGGGUACUUUUAGAUCUCUAGAAAUGCAUUCUAAGCGGCGCUAUAAAAUUUGUAUCUGUUCGGUCAUCCUUGUGGAACUUGAGGCUUUUCGAAAUUACAAGGUCUUCAGUGUUAUUUUCCAGAAAAUUUUAGAUGCAAUUGAACGUUUUUCGAAAGUGGAAAAAUGUUUCUCACUCCUCUCUCCAUAACAUUUUUGAAUCCGAAAAUUUUAGGUUACCUUUUUCUAGGAAAAUUAGCCUAACAUAAGGGGUAAAAUAUGAAAAAUUAAACUUUACAAAAUCGUAGGGAAUUUUUACAUAAUCUUCGAAAAUUGUACCUUCCUGGAACGUUCAUCAAGAAAUUUUUAACCGUAUUCAACAAUAGAAAAUGCUAGGCAAUAUUUGCUUCUGCGAACAGAUAUUUUAUAGAAAAUAGUCGUUGGCCGGGGUGCCCCUGACUAAUGAAAUUGACAUGAGUAAUGGAAAGGACAAUGAUAAAAGCACUAUAAUUCUGUGAAACUGACAAUUUCAAACUUCCCUGGUUGUUGACGUAAUCUCUAUGGAAAAUAGCUAUGUUGUUCUUAUAAAAACCCUGGGUAAAUGUAUGUGCGUACUUUAUUUUCCCUUUUUUGAAAUGUAAUAGAUUGACUGUACCUAUUUCGACGGCUUAAUAUGGCUGAACUGUUGUAUUGUGGUUAGACUUUCACAGGUAACAACGACAGAAAUACAGAGAAUAAAAACAUCCUCUCUGAGGGUGUUUUAGCGAAAACGCUGAGAUUCAUUGGCCAAACAAGUCACAACAGGUUCUGUCUGAGAACAGAAAUAUAUGGAGUAAAACUAAAGCCAGGUAAACGAUUUCUGCUUAUAAUUAACCCGGGGGAAGGGAUACCCCUCGGAGUUCUUAGUGAUUUGUGCCGCCCAGCUUUUCCAGUAGGCCCGGAUUCUAUUUCAGACAAAACAGGGAAAAAGUCCUACUUCCGGUUGCGUUCACGUGCGUCGUUCAAAAAUGCUGAAAUGACGUGAUCAAAUACAAUCGUAAAGUACGAACAACAUUUUGUAAUUUUAAAUUUGGGGGUGAAUGAAAGGACAGUAACCGAGAAAUUAUGAAGGUGCUGGGAUGGUUGGAAAUUCGAAAACUUUCGGAAAAUCCGAGGCGAAGAGAGAUUUCAACCUCGUCCCCAAAGUCUUCUCAUUGGGAAACGAGAAGAGCCUGGGGAUGAGGCAGAGAUCUUGGUUCCAGACUUCACACUGACCGCAAAUUUUAAAAUGGCCGCCCAAGAGAGAGCACAUUUCACGCACCGAUGAAGUAAGUAAUCUUUAUUCAGUUUUUAAGAUUUUGUCGGAAUUCAGAACUCCCUGUGUUCUUUUCACUUCUACCCGACCUUCGAAAUCGAGGCCGCUUGGAUCUCAAAUGAUAAAAAAAAGCGCUAGAUGUCCGCGUGUUUGAGCCGUUUGAUUGAGGACGCGGAAUCAUCGAUACCACCGAAAGAAUACAGGGCUACUCAAGUCCACCUUGUUGAGAGGCUUUGAAAAACGUUUCAUAUAACAAUAGACGCUUUUGUUAUUUAAUGAUAUGUUAUCAAGUGGCCCUGUGUCUUGUAAUCUAGCCGUAAAUCUUUUCCAAAGUGCUGAUUUAUCAUGACAGUGGAAUUAUUGGGCUAUUGUAUUAUACUGUAUUAUAAUAUCCAUACCCCCCGCCACUGGUUGACCUGACAAAUGGAAUUCUUCAGGGUUAAGUUAUACAAACUAAGAAUUUUUUUAGGGGUAGAGUAAAAAUACAUGAGAUGGAAUUCUUUGGAGGUGAAGAUUUUUAGAGGUAGAACCAUAAUUUUUCAGGGUACAACCAUAUUCUUCAGAGGUAGGAACCAUAUUGUUUUUAGGUCUUCAUGGGUGAUUGCAGUUUUAUUUAAUCGUCAGGAAUAAGAAGUAAAGUUAUGUGCUCAACCGGUGGGGGUAGGGGAAACGGUUAUUAAAUGCAGGAGCCCAGGGGCCCCACUCACAUAUUUUAAUGACGGGGGGGUCCAAAGGAUUUUUUUGGGUCUGACAUUUUGGCCAAAAGGGAUUUUUUUGGGUCUAUGAAAGACGCCGGGAUUUUUUUGGGUCGUGAAAACAACAGAGGGAUUUUUUGGGUAUUGUAUUUUUCAUCAGCUCAAAUCAAAAAUAACAUAAACGCAAUUUAUAGUUUUGUUUUUGACCAAAACCAAAGUUGAAGUUGGCAUGUUUUAGCUUUCCAGAAGAUAAAUAAUAAAAUUUGCUGAUGCAAAAACACUGAGGGAUUUUUUUGGGUAUGCUAAAAAAAGUAGGGAUUUUUUUGGGUAGACAAAUUCUGAAGUUGGGAUUUUUUUGGGUAUAAAAUAUGAACCUCUGUCGGACCCCCCCGUCAUUAAAAUAUGUGAGUGGGGCCCCUGGGUGCAGGAGCCCAUCUGGUGGGGUAUGGAGAGAAAAAUGCCUCCCCUCAUCCGAUUUCUCAUGCACCCCAUUGGUGUCUACCACAGCAUUAAACCCAAUGAAUUAGCCACAAGUAUCUGCCAAACACAAUUAAUGCUUGAAAACUAUUAACAAUUUGUAUGAGCCUUCACUUUUCUGAUAUACUGGAUUCUGCCUUUUUCACUGUUUGUGGUAUCUGAAGCCUUACAGGUUAUUUAAGAGAAACUUGUUUGUGAAUCUCAACUAAUCUCCCUUUGUAUAAAAAAGGCUGCUUCUCCGCACCACAGACAAAGCUAAACUAUGGUCAAUCUGUCCAGGAAACAACUAAUGCCAGAAUCUUCGUUGAAGGUCCCCACCCCUGUGUACCAGGAUUUGAGUACAUACCAUGAUUGGCCUCUUGUGGAUUUGCCGAUCAGUUUGAGAGGAAAUUCGAGCAGACACUUCUGGCAAUUAAUUCCUUGAGUCCUUUGGGAGCCUGAAACAAUUAUCUUGGUGCUGCUUCAAAGAAGUUACUAGCCAAUAUUAAAAUUAAGUCUAAGUGAAGGCUCAUGAUUCAUUAAAAAAAAAACAUAUUUAU